GAGACGGUUGGCAGGCAUUGGCGCUUCCCGCUCCCCCCCGUGCGCUCAUUACGACAGAAGACCUGCUGCACCGCGACACAAGCGCUGUGUCCCCCGUUUCCUCUCAGACCCCCCUAAUCCCAAAUGCUCCCUCGUCUUCCGCUUCUCUCACUCAGACUUCCAUUUCCACCUCUCACCACCACAUGGAUUUUUGCAUCCGCUUGAUGAUUGCAAAAUCUCCUUCUUCUCACUGUCGUUUUUGAGAGAAAAGGUGGCGGAAUUCUUAGCAUUGGCGUAACUAGCCAACUGGUCGCCGUUGUUUGGCAGCAUACUCUCGCUUUUUUUACUAUUCUCCCUGCCAACAAUCGACACCAAAAGCAACCCGCCUUCGAUUCUCACAGCGCGCGCGCGCCUCUUCACUCGACGCCGUCUUCAUUCCGCAUUCUUCCCUGGUUUCCCUUCGAAAUUACUCUCAGCGCCUCGUUUAGCUGUUCUUCAUCUUCCAGUCUGUUUCUUUACCAAAAAUACAGGCUCUCUCUACCGACACCUGCACGCUGGCGGCUCACGGUUUUGCAAACUCGACGGACAAGGCAACGGACGACCGCAAAAGAAGCGACUGGUUCAAACCGAGUAAACAAACCAACUACGCCGCACCACUCACCCACCUCACGCCAACUCCCGACUCUCUAAAAAAGCACAGGUUGCUUAGACUGUCGCCUGUCAUCUGAAUCGAUUGUUGGUCACCAUGAGGUUAUCUUUAACACGGCCCGUUGCGGCCUUCGCGUCGCUCGCGGCGCUCGUCGCACCAGCAAUGGCAGAGCCGAUUCUCCAGUCGAACUCGCUCAACUCUUGUCAGGAAAACUCGCUGUUCAGCGCCAGCUUGUUCAAGGUCGUCUUCACACCAAAUAACAAAACAGCCAACGUCGACAUUGUAGCUGUCUCGUCAGUCCAGGGCAACGUCACUUUCGAUGUCGAGGUCUCGGCCUAUGGUUUCCCCAUCAUCAAGCAAAAAGUUAGCCCAUGCGAUAUGGGUCUGGCUGGUCUCUGUCCCAUGACAGCAGGCAAGAUUCCUCUCAACUUCAACCUUCCCGUUACCGGUGACGCCCUGGAACAAGUACCUGGAAUCGCCUACAACUUCCCCGAUCUCGACGCCACCGUAAAGGUGAUUUUUACCAUGACGGAUGGUCCCGAGGCAGGAAACGCUGUUGCUUGCGUGGAGGCUGAUAUUUCCAACGGAAAGACGGUGGAUUUGCUUGGUGUCAAGUGGGCUACUGCCAUUGUCGCUGGUUUGGCUCUCACAUCGUCGGCUAUCAUGUCCGGUCUCGGCCACUACAAUGCCGCUUCCCACGUCGCUGCCAACGCCCUCUCGCUCUUUGGUUACUUCCAGGCCCAGGCCAUGCUUGGUCUCACUGGUGUGCCUCUGCCGCCUGUUGUCAUGUCGUGGACCCAGGAUUUCCAGUGGAGCAUGGGAAUCAUUCGUCUCGAGUUCAUGCAGGACAUCUUUACCUGGUACCAGCGCGCCACUGGUGGUACUCCGGCCACCAUCUUCGACUCGCUUACGACCGUUUCCGUGCAAGUUGAGAAGCGAUCUCUGGAUUUUAUCGAAGCUGGUAUGAGCCUCGCGAAGCGCUCUGUGGCCAUGAUGCCGAGGAGCAUCGCUGAGCCUCUCGGGCAAGCCAUGAAGCGGGACCUCAUGCGUCGCGCCAAUAUCGAGACCAGCUCCGGCAGUUACAUCGUGUACGGGAUCCAGCGUGUGGCCUUCCGCGCAGGCAUCGAGUCGACCAACGUUUUCAUGACUUGCGUGGCCUUCUUCUGCUUGAUGGUCAUUUUUGUCAGUCUGGCCGUGGCCGCUUUCAAGGGUGCCUGCGAGAUGGCCGUCAAGAACAAGAUGAUGGACAGCGACAAGUUCCUCGACUUCCGCAACGGCUGGCUCACGGUCCUCAAGGGCAUCUUGUUCCGUCUUACCCUCAUCGGGUUCCCGUCCAUGGCCAUCAUGUGCUUGUGGGAGUUCACCCAGAACGAUUCGGCUGCCCUGAUGGUCCUGGCUGUCUUUUUCCUGAUCGGAAUGACGACCACGCUCUGCUGGGCCGCCUUCAAGGUGAUUAUGAUUGCCCGCCGCUCCAUCGUCAUGCACAACAACCCGGCCUAUAUCCUCUUCUCGGACCCCCAGGCACUUAACAAGUGGGGCUUCCUCUACGUGCAGUUCAGAGCCUCCGCCUACUACUUCAUCCUGCCCUACCUUGGCUACUUGGGACUCAAGGCCAUGUUCAUCGCCUUUGCGCAGCACUCGGGAACCGUUCAGGCCGUGGGUUUUCUUAUCAUUGAAGCCGGCGCCCUGAUUGCCGCCAGCGUUCUUCGCCCAUGGAUGGACAAGAGCACCAACUCUUUCAACAUUGCCAUCUGCGCCAUCAACUUUGUCAACUCGAUCUUUUUGAUGAUCUUCACCGAGGUCUUUAACCAGCCCAGACUCGUCACUGGCGUUGUGGGCGUCGUGUUGUGGAUUGCUAAUGCUUCCUUUGCGCUGGUUUUGCUGUUGAUGCUCAUUGUCACCACUGUCAUUGUCAUCUUCCGCGACAACCCGGAUGGCCGUUACACCUACAUGGCCGAUGACAGAACCUCGUUCAUGAAGUCUCAGACGCACCUCACGACGACUACCGAGCUGGACGCGCUCGCGGCUACCGCUCGCGGCGGCAAGGAGGGUUUCAACAAAGGCAUGGACCUGGAUGAUGACGCCGAAUCUAUUACAUCGGACUCGCUCCGGCGCCAGACCGAGAGGCUCGGCGUGCCUUCUGCUCACUCUAACCAGAGCUUUGGUGCUCACUCCAACAACAGCUUUGGCGCCCAGUCGAACUACAACAACCAGGGCUACGGCAACCGCCCCCAAUCUCCAGCCAAUCCGUCGAUGCCAUUCUUCCCCGCCGACGGACCUCGCAGCCCGCCGAGGUACCAAGACAACGGGUCGAUGCGGGCGCCCAGUCCGUUUGAUGGCUCUCCGCCCUAUCGAAACCAGAACAACAGCCCAGGUCCGGGCGCCUUCCGGCAACAAAACAACGCUAGCCCAAGUCCUUGGCAACGCGGUGCCGGCUACGACUAAAAAGGAGGCCUUUUUGCUUUUGCACAUUCAUGACCUGGGAUAGGAGUUUUUGUUUUUGGCGGUUUCCGAUCGCAACCGAGCAAGCGGUCAAUAUAUAAGGGAUGGGCACAGCAGCCCGAGGCCCGCACUGAGACCAAGAAUGGAACAGAUCCAUGAUACCCUACUACUUCUCGACCAACUUGCCGUGUUGGAUACACGAGCGCACUAUCCGACCACACGUCACUUUUUUUUGUUGUUUUUUCUACCAGGGAUGCAUGAAAAGGCGUCAGUUAGUUUCUCGGAAAGAUGAACUGGGAGGAGAGGAAGAAGAAGAAGAAGAUGGAGACGUAUAAUUUCUACUUUCAUGUUCCAUUUUGGAAGAAGAGGCAGAUCUCCUGACAAGGGUCUGUUUUGUAUCAUACCCAUCUUCGCGUGCUUUGUUAGCGCUCGCAUAUGAGAGAGACCU